AUGUUGCCUCUGUACAAGCGCGCUAUGCGCCACGUGUGGGUGCCGUAUCGCCGACUGCGGCGUGGCGCAGUGCUGGGCGGCGUGGUGGCAAUGCUGCUGCUGUUCCUUCUGUUCUCUUCGCUGUCUCCAGAGGCCCCAGCGCCGUCUCCUGUCACUGUGACACCGACUGAGGUUGUCCAGCCGCAACUUAUGGACACUCCGGCGCCGGUCGAGGCGGGUGGAGGUAUCGACAUGGAUGAAAAUGUGGUAACAGAUAAAGGAGUCGACGUGAAUGCGGAAGAAGAAGCGGGUGGGGGCGUCGAUAUGGAUGUGGAGGUAGCAGCGAACGAAGAGAAGGAAGAAGAGGAGCCUUCAGCUGUGCCGGUGGACGCGACGCCGGCGCCGCUCGUGCUACGACUACUGCUUCCGCUGAUCGCUGGCUUCUGUUUUGGCUUCUUGGGCUCUGUACCUAUCGCUGGCCCCACGUCCGCUAUGGUGCUGAAGCUUGGCAUCCAGGGAAAGUAUAGCGCUGGAUUGACGAUUGCAGUGGGCGGGGCUAUUUCGGAAGCGACGUACGCGGGUAUUGCAUUCUGGGGCUUCGGUAGCUUUCUAGCAGGUGCCAAGUUUCUGCUCCCGGUUUCAAAAGUACUGGGAGCCAUCAUGUUCACACUCAUCGGCCUGGUGUUUCUCAAGGCGGACAUGAAGCCGUCGCUGGACCCUGACGUCGAAGCCUCUCAUGGGAAGGGGGUGCGACGACCACAAGGUGAAGUGCUUAAAAACAUCCUUAUGGGCCUCACAAUGUCCGGAAUAAACCCGGCCCUGCUUGCAUCCUACACGGGUGCCAUUGCUUCAGUGUACGGCACCGGAAUGCUCGAGUUCACGUUAUUCCUGGCUGUUGUGUUUGCAAUGGGUGUUUGCUGCGGUGUUUCAACGUGGUUUUACCUGCUGCUCUCUCUACUGAAGAAGUACAAACAGCGUCUGAAAAAUCACACCAUUGAUAUGAUUAUGCGCGGUCUGGGCUGCUUCCUGCUGACGCUAGGCCUGCUGUGUGCAAAGUCAUCGCUCGACUAUUUCUUAGCAGCAACUCCAGAGGCCAAGUAG